AUGAUAGAGAACACGGGGGGCCCCCCAGGGGCCCCCUCAACAGAAACAGAUGAAGAGGGGCCCCCAGGAAUAUCUUUGCUGCAGCUGCUGCUGCUGCUGUGGGGUUCUCUGUUUUUUGUUGCUGUGCUCAUUCGUUACGCGUUGCUGCUGCAGCAGCAGCAGUUCCCUGGCGCCAGCAACUCAGCUAGCGCAGCAGCAGCAGCAGCAGCAGCAGCUGCUGCUGCUGCUGCUGCUGUCAGCAAAGAUGGAUCCAAAACACAGAUCUUCAAAGCGCAUGCAUUGCUGCUGCGCGCUGUAGUCAGAGAGGUCCGUAGCAGCCACACAGCAGCAGCAGCAGCAGCAGCAGCAGCAGCACCAACAGCAGCAGUAGCAGCCGCACAGCAGCAGCAGCAGCAGCAGCAGAAGCAGUAG